AUGUCAAUCGAAUCUUGUCCAGCUACUUUUGAAGGCGUCGAAUACAUACGAUGGAUUCAUACAAUUUUUGGUGAUUGCGUCUAUGGCUGGCAAGAUUGCUUUAGUUGGGCGCUUGGCUAUAUAUCCAUCCUUUGCUGGUUGAAUGCACAGAUGCCUCAAGUCAUCAAGAAUUAUAGAUAUCAAGAUGCCGAAUCGCUCUCCUUUUCUUUCCUCACCGUUUGGUUAUCCGGCGAUGUGGCCAACUUCAUUGGUUGCAUAUAUACCGGUCAGCUUAACUUUCAAGUGUACCUAUCCAUUUACUUUAUCUUCAUCGAUACCCUAUUAUGCUUCCAAUGGCUUUACUACGUCAAAUAUCCGGAUAACCGCUUACGUCAAUGGUUCAACCCUACUUUGAAAAUGGACAAAGAGCAACUCUUGAAGAAGACAACGGCUGAUGAUGGUACUACGGACAUUGCCAGAUACGGCUCUGUAGCCUCGUCAUCACGCACCUUGCUCAUGGCUGGUCUCCUUGUCACACUCACCCGAAUGGCAUCACCUGAGCAAUCCGUUACGCUCACGACCACCAUGGUAGCAUCACACGACACAAUCGAUGGGGCAGAUUUAUCGUUAUUGUCACAAGAUGCCGAUACCUUGUGGAUGGGUCGUUUCUUUGCUUGGCUAUGCACCUGCUUGUACCUAAGUUCAAGGGCCCCACAGAUCCUCAAGAAUUACAAACGUCAAUCGGUUGAAGGACUUGCCAUGGCCCUGUUCAUGUGUGCAGCUGCAGGCAAUUUCACUUACACUCUUGGCGUAUUCACGAACCCUCAUCAAACUCGUCAAUCCUUGAUUGAAUCGGUGCCAUACAUCAUCGGCAGUGCCGGUACUCUUGUUUUUGAUUUAACAAUCUACAUCCAAUAUCGCCUUUACAACAAUGAUACCCGGGAGAAGAAUGUCGAUCGUGUUUUACAAUUGCCCUAG